AUGUCACGCCUUCAUUCUUCCCCUGCUCUUCUUGUUGUCGACAUGCAGAAUGGAUUCUGUCACCCAUCUGGCAGUUUUAAUAAGAUCGGUCUUCCGAUAUCGCGGCAGGCAAUGAUUGCUCCUAAAAUUGAACAUAUCACAAGUGUCUGUCGUACACCUGGCAUACCAACAUUUUACACGAAGAUGGAAUUCGACGGAAACUUCUCCGACGCUGGUAUAAUCUUAGAUGGUCCACCAGGAGUCAAAGAAGCAGAGGGCUUUGUUCGUGGCUCUUGGGACGCACAAAUUCUCGACAUCCUUCAUCCUCGCCCCGUCGAUACCGUUGUAUCUAAAACUCGCCACUCUGCCUUUUUCCAGACCAAUUUAAGUCACCUUCUUGCGGAGAAGAAAAUCAAUCAAGUUAUCGUAACGGGUGUGGCCACAAAUGUCUGUGUAGAGUCUACAGUACGAGAUGGGUAUAAUCACGGAUUCAAGUCUUUGACGGUAGAGGACGCGACAGCAACUUUAAUUCAGGAAGAGCAAGUUGCUAGCAUAAGAAACUUGCAGCACUUUGGAGGCACAAUUACAAUGGAAAGUCUGGAACAAGAGCUCAAUUCGCUAUCUCGGCUCUUAGCAAACUCCGAAAAAGCGUCUUCUGUUUCUAUAAACAAUGGUAACACGGUGUAA